AGUAAUUUCAAUGCAUUGCAAUUUAUCAAAAUAUAUUUUUGAAAAGGCAAAUAAUGAAAACUUAUUCUAAUUUCUAUAAUAUGAAGUGUUGACCCUAUCACAGGUAUUUCGCCGCCACAUCUACGCAAUCCGGAGCGGCAGUGGCACAGGAACGUUCUGACGAGACGCCUCUUGGCAAAAUAGUACUUAUAGUUAUGUGUGAACUGUGAUACUCCUUUUCUAAACUAUUGGUUUUGUAUUUAUGUCUGUUUGUAUUUAUGUCUCCUUUUGUAUUUAUGUCUGCCAAAUGAUUCGGAAAACUGAUGAAUGAUGGUGUAAUUUUUAACUGGGACAGACAGGGAUAGUUCCGGUCAAGCACCACCAUGGCGCAAAAUAUUUACGACAAUCCAGAAUUUUUCGAAGGAUACGCCAAACUCAACCGUUCCGUAAACGGGUUGGACGGUGCACCGGAAUGGCUGUCUCUUGCUCGAAUGUUACCGAACAUGAACGGGCUCCAUGUCGUCGAUCUGGGAUGUGGCUACGGCUGGUUCUGUCGAGAGGCGCAGCGUCAAGGCGCUCAACAGGUUACCGGUCUGGACAUCUCUACAAAAAUGCUCAAUAAAGCCCGUGAAAUGACAACCAACGACCAGGGAAUUACCUAUCAGCAGGAAGAUCUCGAGGCACUACAGCUUCCAACAGCGGCGUACGAUUUAGUCUAUUCUUCCCUAACUCUGCAUUACGUCGAGAAUUUGUGUGCACUGAUCAAAGUCGUUUUCCACGCAUUAAAACCAGGAGGAAACUUUGUUUUUUCUGUCGAGCAUCCGAUUUACACUGCGCCGAAAGAACCCAGCUGGCUGAUGGAUCGCAGCGGAAACAAAUCGUGGCCUGUAAACAAUUACCAAGCGGAAGGCCGACGAGUAACCAAUUGGUUGGCGGAGGGAGUGGUCAAGCAGCACCGCUUAAUGGCUACGUAUCUGAAUUUGUUGGUGGCCAGCGGUUUCGUUAUUGUGCAUGUGGAGGAAUUUGGUCCAACAGCGGAACAGAUUUUGCGUAAUCCCGCUUUGGAUGAGGAGAAGGAACUACCCAUGCUGCUUUUGAUUUCUGCCAGGAAACCAUAAUGCUCUAGCUUGUGCGAUUUACAGCAUCGAGAAAUGAUAAAGUUCGAUUUAAUUUUAUUGAUUUCGUUCGAUGUACCCCGCUUGGUUAAAAGUAAUUUCAUCAGGUUUGAUUUGAAAUAAAAUUGAAGCAGAAA